AUGUCUACCAACCGCGACAGUCGCGACAGCGAGGGAAAGUAUCAGGACGAUUGCGAGGAUGCGAUGAUGGCGGCCGGCGAGAGCAGCAAGGAGAAACGGGCGAAGGCGAAGGAUGAGAGCGAUCAGAAGAAGGAAGCCGAGAAGCAGGAGGCGUCAAAGCAAGCAAUGCUCGAUGCUGCACGGUCCAGCCGCGAUAGACGCAAGAAAAAGACAUAG